AUUUCAGUUUAUGUCGUGCUCUCUGCUACAAGUUAUUCAUCCUGUUGCCUUCAGUUUAAAGUUAGAAACAGAUUUUUCCACGUCUUCGAACCAAGAAGUGUUGGCAGCACAGCCGACCACGGCUCAUGGCAUCGUCUGAAGUCAGCAUGCACGUAGAGGAGGUUGUGGUUGUGACGACGCCAGACACAGCUAUAGAUGGAGCAGUUGUGGAAGAGGUGAAGACCAUGUUAGUCACCACAGACCUGUCCCACCAGAGUGAGGAGGUGACAGAGGGAAGCAUGGAUACAGAGACUGAAACCACCACCUUCUCUGCAACACCAGUCCUUGAAAAAGAAGCAGUUAUAGAGAACACAGUAGCACAGAGCUUGGACUGUGGAUUUGAAUCCAGCUCAGUCUCAGUGAAGCUUCCUGAGGAGGUUGAGAAUAUGGAGGCUGAAAUAAUCUACCCUAUAACCUGUGGUGAUAGCAAGGCUGCCCUCAUUUGGAAAAAAUUUGUUUGUCCUGGUAUUAACAUUAAAUGUGUUCAGUAUAAUGAACACCUUAUUAGUCCGAAGGAGUUUGUUCAUCUGUCAGGGAAAUCUACACUGAAAGACUGGAAAAGGGCAAUUCGCUUGAAUGGCAUCAUGUUAAGGAAAAUAAUGGAUUCCGGUGAGCUGGAUUUCUACCAGCACUCCAAGGUGUGCUCUAACACCUGUCGCAGCACCAAAAUUGACCUGGUGGGCAACAGGGCAUCUUUCAGCUCUCAGACGUCCACAGAGUUCAUACCUGUCACGCCCUCUUCAGCAGAUGCCAAUGGAUCACCAUCCACAUUCACAGUAGAAGCGUCGGAGGACAGCACUGAAUGGGUGAUGACAAUAGGAGAGGAUGCAAUUGCUUUUUGGAGAGGACUGAAAGAUGCAGGGCUCCUUGAGGAGGUGAUAGAGGAGUUUCAGAAGGAGGUGAAGGAAACCUUGAAAGGUCUACAAGACCGCAUUCAGCAGCCUCCUUUACAGGUCAAUGAUGCAGUGCUGUUGAAUAACAUUGUACAAAAUUUUGGCAUGCUGGACCUGGUGAAGAAAGUGUUGGCGAGCCACAAAAGUCAAAUGGAUCGCUAUCGAGAACAGUACACGCGCAGCUUAGUUGCCCUGGAACAACAGUGUGACGAGCACCGUAAACGAGCCAAGGAGCUGAAGAGCAAAUCUCAGCACUUAAACAAUGUUCUCAUGACCCUCGCACCAGUCCCCACUCCUCCGCCCCCCAAGCGUCCCCGGCUCACAAGGGCAACCUCCGGGCCUGCUUCAGUCACCGCGCACCUCCCCAGUCAGCCCACACAGAUCACGCUGGCCUCUGGGCUGCCACUGACACAGCUUGCCAACUUGCCGCUGGACAAAGUCAUGUCAGCCAUCCAGGUAUCGAGCAUCAGCAACUCUCAGCCUACAGCUACCUUCACGGCAACCAACUCACCCCUCCUUGGAGGAUACACAGUUCUGGCCUCGCCUGCCACUGCCCUCCCCAGUACUGUAGAGAUCCAGCCUGAUGCUUCAAACUUGACUGUCCUCAGCACAGCUGCUAUUCAGGAUGGCAGCACAAUUGUCAAAGUGAUGAGCCCCUUCCAGCUGCUCACGCUCCCAGGUCUGGGAACCACCCUACAGAAUGUAAGUGGGCCUGGCAGUACUAUUGUUGCUGUGCCCACCAGCAGCAUUGAAACAGUCAUGACGCAGGCUGAGGAAACUGCAGUUAUUGAGGUUAAAGAUGUGGACCAAGCACUGGAGAAGCAGUAAAACCAUCGAAGUGAAACCCAUAGGUAAUAUGGUUUUACUCUUACAUUGGGGAGAAAGCCCAGCAGUAUUAGAUAUGUCAACACUAAGCGUUAUAAGUAUCUUUUUUCUGGCAAGUUGAAAUAUGAAUGUAUCAGUCUACUUUUUUGGGAGGGGAGAAACCAGGGAAUUCUAUUUUUUUGGUGUCACGAUGAAUAUAAUUACUGGCCUAAAAUCUACACAAUAUAUGAGGUCAACACGAUAUCUAUGACUCAACUGGAAUAACUAAUUUCUUUUUAAUAUUUAAAUUAUGUCUGAAUCUCAGUAAAUUUAGGUUUUGAAUACAGUGAUUAUAUUUUGUUUUGACUGAUUUGUAAUGUGCAACUUGCCAAAGUGUUCUACUGGGAAAUUUAUGAAGUGAGACUUGUUGGAAUCUGCAAAACACCUGAGAAUAUUUAACAGGGAACGUAUAGUUAAAUUUUCUGUGGCAAUCAGUUUUAGUUUUAUCUUAAACCUGCUGAUGAGUUCAGUAUGGUUUCAGACC